ACAGCGCAUGCGCGGAGUGAACGGACGCUUCUCUGGAGUGAAACGUUAGUAAAGUGCUGCAAUGACAGCGAGGACUGUUUUACACACCCGACGUUGGCUGGCUUUUGUCUCCAGUUUAGACCGCCGUGCUGUGAUCGUGCAGGUGUUUAUAUUACUCCAGUUUUGUGAGGGGGUUAUGUGCGUUCAGAAACACUGCAUGUCUACACAUAAUGACGAAGUGCGCUUGGCCGAGGAAGCCAGCAAGAAAUAUGGCAGUCCUGCACCAACUAUAUUCUCCAAAAUCAUUGAUAAAAGUAUUCCUGCAGAUGUAUUUUUUGAGGAUGACAAGUGUCUAGCUUUCAGAGACAUCAGUCCCCAGGCCCCUGUGCAUUUUCUGGUUAUUCCAAGGAUUCCCAUUCCAAGGAUCAGUGAAGCACAUGAUGAUGAUGCACUGCUCCUUGGUCACCUUUUGGUGGUUGCUAAAAACCUUGCAAAGAAAGAGGGAUUGGGUGAAGGAUACCGAAUUGUGAUUAAUGACGGAAAACAUGGGGCUCAGUCUGUAUACCACCUACACAUCCAUGUGCUUGGAGGGCGACAGAUGCAGUGGCCUCCAGGAUAGAUGGACCAUUUGGCAAAUGUUCUGUAUUAUUUAGCAGUGGUGAUUAUUAAUUAAUCACAAGUAAAUGAAUUCAGAGUUAAGUGAAUCAGGAACGACAAAAUAGAGAUGAGAAUACAAGGAGGAAUACCAGUUUAGUUGGAAAAACUUAUCUUCUGGCCAAUAUAACUCAAUAGCAAUAAAGAAAGGAACCUCAAAAAUAGGUAAUAAAGACACUAAGAGUGUAAAUAAUUUUUGACAGCAGUAAAAUUUCCAUAUAUUUACUCCAGGCCAUUUUUGUCCUUCGCAUUUCCACUGCUUAAACUGUUUCAAAUGACUUUAUUGUAUCACAGAAAACAUGGGCCAGUUUCCCAGACCCAGAUUAAGGCUAAGCCUAGCCAAAGCAGAAUUUCCAAAGUUGAUUUUCAGUUAACACUGCAGUUAAGUCCAAGACUAGGCCUAAUACAUAUCUAGGAAACUGAAUCAUGCUGAAAUAAAUAGUAUUGGUUAUUUGAUUUAAAGAAAAUGUUCUUUAUGGAACCAAAAUUGGUUCUUCUCUUAUCCAAACUUUGUUAGACACUUUUUCAGUGCAGUCUAGUGUGUGGACUUCAUGUCCACAUUCAGUAACAACUUUCUGUUUUUUAUUUUUUCUUUACAAUAUUACUGUCAGCUGUCAUAUGUAUUGUGAACAUUUUGUGAUAAAUUGUUCCCAAAGUACAUGGAAUAAAAUCUUGUUACAUUAGCAUACAGUAAAAUUAAGAAAACUUCUUUCCUGUUUCUUUGAUAAAUGUGCCUUUUUCAGAGAUACAAGGUUUACAUAUGACAGCAGUUAUAUCUUGCUUCUGCAAACUGUAGUAGCUUUAGGUGUGGAUCAGACAUUUAGUCAUCCCCAAACAGCAACAAAAAAUCUGAAGAUCCAGUUGAAGCUGCAUUAAAUGUGUAUUCUAGCCUGUUGUUUC